AUGAUACAUUGCUGGAGGCGGGCCGAUGUAGACGAUGCUUGCGGGAACACAACUUAUAACUUCCCUGGGAAUGUCUCACAGACGGGACAGACCAUCGUCGAGCCCCUCGUCUGGGCAUUGGAUACUGCCUGUAUUACCAGCGGCUCCAUCUACUGCUUGCCAGAUGUGGCUACGGGAAAUGUCUCGGACUGUUUACCAUGCAUGCACAAAUAUGAAGCAGCCAUGCUGGACUCGCCAUACGGCCAGAUGCGCUAUAGCCCGGACACAUACUCGUCACUGCUGUCCUCCUGUGGAGCAGUGGCAUCCAGUUACCCUUUUACCGACACGGCAAUUGCUACCGUGCUUCCUUCGGUUGUGGCUUCGGCAACAGUCUCGGUAUCGGCCACGGCUACAUGCUCGAGCUACUACACCGUCGAGUCCGGUGACACGUGUCAGUCAAUUGCUACAGCUAACUCUAUCUCCACGGCUAACUUCGGCAUCGACAACAACCUAAGCACGCUCAACUGCUCAGUUCAGGUAGAUCAACAGGUCUGCCUGGGUGCUGAGUGCGCCUUGUACGAGGUCCAGGAAAACGACACCUGCUCUUCUAUCCUGCAGAAUCAAACCUUUUAUCAAGUCCAACUUACUUCGUGGAAUCCUCCCCCAGGAACCUCAAGCUGGGUUGUCCCCAGCACAAACAUCACAACAAGCUGGAAUGUAACCUGGGUCAUUCCCCCACGGCCUUCACGACGCUGCCUUCCCAGCCGACAACGUUCCCCGUAUUCAACACUUCAGACAUCGCAUGGCCUGUCACCACCAUUACCCCACCAGCUCAAAGCCUGCCUGACUUGGAACGAGACAUUUGUUCCACUGUACCUGAAUCUGACCGAAUACUGCCCCAUUACCCAACAUGAACUCUCUAAUGGCUGGACCAUAUAUGAUCUCCCAGAAGGUUGCGAGGAUCUCCUGGAUGAAUACUGCAAUCCAUUGGCAAACGCCACAAUGUCCGCGUCUACUGUGCUGCCGGAAACAUGUUCCCCAUCCUACUGGAUUUCUUUCUACCCUGUCACUUCUGGCACAACAGCCACCAGUUCCUCAACGUCCGUCUCAAGGGCCCCAGAACAGACCGGAAUCGCAGCUAAUUGUGAUGCGUACUAUGUCGUUAAGAGUAAUGAUACUUGCGCCGGGAUCAUAGCCGAGUUCGGUAACUUUACUCUUACCGAAUUCUACAGCUGGAAUCCGGCGGUUGGAUCGAGCUGCGCAUACCUUGAUGUUGGUGAUGCUGUUUGUAUCGGCACAACGACCAGUAACAGUACCUCUACAUCCUCGGUGACGGUAACGGCGACCACGACGACAGCUUCAGGAACCGCGGAACCAAGUACUGACUCUAGCUGCACUGAGUAUCGCAAAGUAGUUGAUGGAGACAGCUGUAUUGGCAUCGAGGAGGAAUACAACAUUACUGCUGCUGAGUUCCUGGCGUGGAAUCCGACUGUCGGGACGACGUGUGAGUCCCUUUGGCUAGGUUAUCUGGUCUGCGUCGACGCUCCCUACACGAUAACCUCGUCCGCCACACCAACUGCAACUUCGAUAUCAACAUCAUCAACAUCCACAGCCGUGGAUGUAGAGCCCAGCACCGUUGCUGACUGCACAGAGUAUCACCUCGUCGUCGAUGGGGACGACUGCGAGUCUAUCGAAGCCGAAUACGAUAUCACCGCAGCAGAGCUCAAUGAAUGGAACCCGUAUGUUGGGACAGACUGUGCAUCUCUAUGGCUUGGUUAUGAUGUUUGCAUUGAUGCACCUUCGAGCUAG